AUGAGCCAUGGCCAAGAUGACUCUGGAGCGUUGAACAGACAUAGCGACGAUUUAACCUCAUCCCCUGAAGGAAGCGGCCCCAUCGAGCUAGUGAACAAGGGACCGUCACCCAAUGCCCAAUGGAAACAAUCUUCUCGCCUAGUAGAAGAGGGCCUCACUCGGGGUUUGUCAAAUGAGGAUUUAUGGAUGCUGAUUCGGCGAUUUGACAAGCAAAUCUACCAUGUGCGAGCCGUACAGGACACAAAGGCUCAAAGCCUAGACUUGAAUCGCGUGGACAAUGAAAGGUUUCCCCCGGAGAAGCUACGCAUCACAAUCGAGCGAUUCUACACAUCAGUGGUUGUCGGUGUGGUUGAAUUCUUCAGACACAUAACUCGAUUAAGGUCGUGGGAAAACCCAAAUCGCACUUUCGUAUUUUGCCUUGUUUACUGCGCAUCAUGGGCGCUAGAUCUCCUGCUACCGGUUACUUUCGGCGUUCUUGUUGCACUGAUAAUGGUUGGUCCUUUUCGUACUUUGAUGUUCCCUGCCUAUGAAAGGAAACCGAGGGUAUCAAAGCGCGAUAAGGACAGCACAGGGCAACCGGAGUCAAUGGACAGCCUCACCGGGGCACCAGAAAGCCAUAAGGGAGAAGCAGCGGAACGCGAGGCAAAGAAUCUUAUUGAUGGUAUUGCUACUGUUGCAAUGGAAAGUGCUGCCGCCAAAUAUGGACAAACAGUGGUUGAAGAAACUUCUGAACGGCCGCUUAUUACUAAUGCAAUAGAAGUGACUGAUGAUACUACUGAAGCCCCGGCUGAAGAUGCUCCCGAGGAUAAGACCAAAAAGCCUAUGAAAGAAAAGGUCUCGCAUGGCACUGACCAAUUUAUGCGUGCGCUAAGUGAUAUCACUGAUACCUAUGAGAGAUUUGCCAAUUUAAUAGCACCAACACCACCUUUUUCGCUCAUUUCCCCUAGACUACGAUUGGCCGGUAUAUUCAGUCUAGUCUCCAUUGCUGCACCGUUGAUAUCGAGCUACUGGAUCAUCAAAGCUGUGGGCUUCUUGAUUGGAUUUGGAUUUUUUGGUGAUCCAGUCAUCAAAUACAUGCUGCAGACUAUGGAUAAGAAAAUCCCUGACUGGAGAUCUCAUAUGGAUAUACAAAAAACACUAUUGGCAGAUGUACCUACGAAUGCACAACUCACGUUAGCUCUGCUUCGAAUCGGCGAAAUUAACUCCGAGCCUUUGCCGCCUCCCCCAGUUCCUGGAGACAAUGACCGGGCAUGGCCCAUUUCCCGGAAAAAGUCGCAGCCUGAGGGCUCCACGGACUUGAUCAAGAAUGGCUCAUCUCAUGAAUUGCAAACACCGAACUCUGCAGGAUCUCUGCCAGAGGCGAGACCGAAGCGAAGAACGAUGUUUAAAUUCCUCAGGUUCAUCCGGAACACAGUUGCAACUGCUAUCAAAGGUCAUAUCGCACUUGACCGUGCUAUGGCCAUUGCAGGAUCAGCUCACACUAAAAAUCUGAUUGGAAUGCUGCAGAAGAGGCAGUUCUCCGCAACACCAUUUGGGCCUCUUAAGUUUGAUGCAAAGUUCGAACGUAAACGAGGUGCUGUGGUAAUUGACACGUCAAAGGAGCCCCCAGUCUUGUAUUUCACAACAUACCAGUCUGCUGGACUGGAGGAUUUGCGAAUUGAAAGUCGAAAAAAGGGCUCUGUUCUUUUUCAGAUACCCGUCACGGAUAUCAAGGAGCUUAAAAAGACUGAAGGCCUAGGCUGGAAACGGAAGUUGAUUGUUGAACUAACUGCUGGUAGUAAAGACGCUGCUGAUGGCCUUGUGGUUUCUGGCGACGAGCUGGAGCAGUCUUAUCAUCUCACAGGAAUGAGAUCUCGAAACCAAUUGUUCAAUCGGCUUAUCGCCAUUGAUGCACAGUUUUGGGAGAGUCGCUGA